AAACCACCUCUUCAGGCUCAAUCUGGAGGACCUGUCACUGAUCCAGGAGGCUGAGUGGCACUGCGAUGAGUUCACCAAGGGAGCCUGCUUCAGCCGGGGAAAGUCUGAGGAGGAGUGCCAGAACUACAUCAGGGUGCUGCUGGUGAACGGCAACCGGCUGUUCACCUGCGGGACCAACGCCUUCACCCCCAUCUGCACCAACAGAACGCUGACAAAUUUGACGGAGAUCCACGAUCAGAUCAGCGGGAUGGCUCGGUGUCCGUACAACCCGCUGCACAACUCCACCGCGCUCAUCACCUCCAGCGGGGAACUCUACGCCGCCACCGCCAUGGACUUCUCCGGGCGAGACCCUGCCAUCUACCGCAGCCUGGGGGGUCUUCCUCCUCUACGCACCGCCCAGUACAACUCCAAGUGGCUCAAUGAACCCAACUUCGUGUCCUCCUACGAUAUCGGCAACUUCACGUACUUCUUCUUCCGUGAGAACGCGGUGGAGCACGACUGCGGCCGGACGGUGUUUUCCCGCGCAGGAAGAGUUUGUAAGAACGAUAUUGGCGGACGCUUCCUGCUGGAGGACACGUGGACGACCUUCAUGAAGGCUCGACUGAACUGCUCUCGACCCGGAGAAAUCCCCUUCAACUACAACGAGCUGCAGGGAACCUUUUACCUGCCGGAGCUCGAGCUGCUGUACGGCAUCUUCACCACCAACGUAAACAGCAUUGCUGCGUCUGCGGUGUGUGCCUUCAAUCUCAGCGCCAUAUCGCAGGUUUUCAACGGGCCCUUCAAGUACCAGGAGAACUCCCGCUCAGCGUGGCUGCCGUACCCCAACCCCAACCCCGACUUUCAGUGCGGCACCAUCGACUCCGGCUCCUACGUGAACCUGACGGAGAGGAACCUGCCGGACGCUCAGAAGUUCCUCCUGAUGCACGAGGUGGUCCAACCCGUGGUUCCCGUGCCCUACUUCAUGGAGGACAACGUGCGCUUCACUCAUGUGGCGGUAGACGUGGUGCAGGGCAAGGACACGCUGCUCCACAUCAUAUACCUGGCUACAGAUUACGGCACUAUCAGGAAAGUGCUCUCUCCUCUCAAUCAGUCCACCGGGAGCUGCCUAUUGGAGGAGAUUGAGCUGUUCCCUCCCAGGAAGAGACAGCCGAUCCGCAGCCUGCUGAUCCUGCACAGCCGCAGCGAGCUGUACGUGGGGGUCAGAGACCAGGUCAUCAAGAUCCCUCUCAAGAGAUGCAGCUACCACAAGAGCAGAGAAGCGUGUAUCGGGGCCAGGGACCCGUACUGCGGCUGGGACCUUUUAUUGAAGAAGUGCACCACGCUGGAGGAGAGUGUCCGGAUGAGCCAAUGGGAGCAGAGCAUCUCAAAAUGUCCUGUCCGUAAUGUGACGGUUGAUGGAGGCUUUGGCGCCUGGUCAGGAUGGUCCAUGUGUAGUCAUAACGAUGGAGGAAGCGCGGGGUCCUGUUUGUGUCGAACCAGAGGCUGUAAUAACCCGGCCCCUCAGUGUGGGGGUCAGCACUGCUUUGGCAUCAGCGUGGAGGUCGCCAACUGCUCCAGAAACGGGGCGUGGACCCCCUGGACUUCCUGGUCUCCGUGCAGCACCACCUGUGGGAUCGGUUUCCAGGUCCGCCAGCGAUCCUGCAGCAACCCCACCCCCCGCCACGGAGGACGAGUGUGUGUGGGCCAGAACCGCGAAGAGAGGUACUGUAACGAACACCUGCCCUGCCCCACCCAUGUCUACUGGUCGGCCUGGUCUGCGUGGGACCGCUGCACCCAGCCCUGCGGCGGAGGCAUCCAAUCACGACGCAGGACCUGUGAGAACGGAGACGAGUGUCCCGGGUGUGGUCAGGAGUACCAGUCGUGCAACAUGCUGCCGUGUCCCGACCUGAAGAAGACGACGCCCUGGACUCCCUGGACGCCCGUCAACAUCUCAGAUAACGGCGGCCAUUAUGAGCAGCGUUUCCGUUACACCUGCAAAGCUCGCAUCCCCGACCCCAGCCUGAUGGAGGUGGGCCGGCAGAGGAUCGAGAUGAGAUACUGCUCCAGUGACGGAUCCACCGGAUGCUCCACGGACGGAGAGGUUCUUCGUCUCGGGAGGAUCUCGGGCCACACGCUGAACGGGGGCUGGGCGUCCUGGAGCUCGUGGACUCAGUGCAGCAGAGACUGCAGCCGGGGGAUCCGCAGCCGGAAGAGGACCUGCUCAAACCCAGAGCCCAAACAUGGAGGUCAGACCUGCCUGGGGACGCUGCAGGAGUACCAGGAGUGCAACAUCAGCCCCUGCCCAGUGGACGGCAGUUGGUCGUGCUGGUCUUCGUGGUCAAAGUGCUCGGUGACGUGUGGGGGAGGGCACUACAUGAGGACUCGAACCUGCAGCAACCCCCUCCCUGAGUACGGAGGGGACAUCUGCCUGGGCCUGCACACUGAGGAGGCUCUGUGCCACACACAGUCCUGUCCAGAGAGCUGGUCCAAGUGGUCCGAGUGGUCCCACUGUGAGACCAACGGGGCGCAGACGAGGGUCCGUCACUGCGACAUCCUGUUCCCCACCGGAAACCAGUGCUCAGGGAACAACAGUGAGACCCGGCCCUGCCCCCCCGACUCUAACUUUAUACCAGAAAUCUCGAUUGCACGCUCCAGUCAGGAGGAGAGGCGCUGUGGAGACUUCAACCUCCUCCACAUGAUCGCUGUGGGGCUGAGCAGCUCCGUACUGGGAUGUCUGGUCACUUUACUGGUUUACUCUUACUGUCAGCGCUACACCCAGCAGGCGCACGACGCCACCGUCAUCCACCCCAUCUCAGCGGCUCCGCUCAACACCAGCAUCACCAACCACAUCAACAAACUAGACAAAUACGACUCGGUGGAAGCCAUCAAGCCAGAUGUGUCGGUUCUCUUGCCCUUGGACGACCCCGCCAUGCACCAGCCUCUCUCUGCUAACAUGGGGGUGUCCAUGCGUGGCCUGGAGAUGUUCUACUAACCUCUACAACAUAUCGCCUCUUGACUCCCCCUCCCCACAACAACUCUUUGACCCCAACCACUACUACUUCCUCUUCCCCACCGUGCCCCGCCCUUCCACUUCCUGUGUGUGGCAGGCCUUCAACAAAAACAAUCUGAUUCUGGAGGAAAGAAAUAAGUACUUUAACCCUCAGCUUGCCGGGAAGACCUAUACCAACGCAUACUUCACCGACCUUAACACCUACGAUGAUUAUUAAGCCGGAUUCGGCCCUUCAGACUCUCCCCCUGUCCUCCAUUUUAGUUUUUUGUGCUUUGUAUUGAGAUUUGUGACACCAUGUGCGGGACAUUCCCACUCUCAGACUCUACGGCAGCUGUAUAAUGAAAACAGACACACAGUGUUGCCACAGAGGGAAAUCCCACUUCCUCUCAGGUACACUCGGAAAUCUACAUUUUUUUGGGACAAAUCUUGCCUUGACUCUCGCUGAGAAACUGGAUUUCCAAGAAAAAGGGAAGAAUACGAGCAAAGAGACUUCGGGGAAUGGGAUCCCCUUUUAACUUUCCUGUGACGCCUCUCAAACAGACCUGUAUUUGUAACGAUGGGAAAUAACCACAAACUGCUUUUGCAUGACUUCAUCUGACGUGUUUUUUCUGUUUUGUUUUUGCAUGGUUGAUUGCAUUCCUCGGUUAAACGACUUGCAAGCAGUUUCUUAGCUGGUUUUGGAAGUCAUAACAACAAAGACUGUGGAGAUGUCUGAUGGCUUUUACGAUGUCCUGCUGCAACAACCCAAAAGUCCUAAAAUCAGGAUGUAGAUAUUUGAAGUCUGUCGUCGAGUUUGUCCAUUUUGCUUUCUGUUUCAGGCUCUAGCGGCUCGCAGUAUUUGAUCAUUCCGUUUAUUUAGCCUUUUAAGCUUUUUAAGGUGCAUAUGUUUUGUACAGGAUGUUAAGUUUGAAGUCUAUGUCUGUAGUUUUUUUAAUACAAUUACUCAAUGUCUCAAGUAAAGAAUAAAAUGUCCUUUUAAAAGAAAAAGCUUAUGUGCAUUCUGACAAAAUAAAUCAGGAGUUAUCAUAUCAGCCUCAAGCUCACCGUACUUUUUUAUAUUUUUUGUAAAAAAAAAGAAACAAUGUUUUUGAAUUUUGAUAGUGUUCGCUUUUCCUUUGGCUUCUGAGUUAAAAAUGUAAUGUGUGAGAGGAUGUUCAUAGCAUUUACUGUACAGACGGAGCGUAGCAAAUACUACUCUCCCAACUUAGAGUGCUACCCAUUUACUGUAAGAUGAAACUCAUUCAUCAAGUUUCUGUUUAACCGAAUAUGAGGUUAUUCAAUGGUUCAGUUGCAACUAACUAUUUUUACAUGUUUGCUUGUGUUACUGUGCAUAAAUUAAAGACUGCUUCGUACACAAA